GCUGGUUCGCAGCUCAUCCGACUGACACUCCAGGGCCAGCAAGACCCACUGAGGAACCAGACAGCACUGGUGGACGAGUCCAGGAACACCGUGACCUACUACAUAACCUCACAGAGUAACCACACUGCCGUGGUGCUGUAUGACAGCCAGAACGGCUACGUGUGCUACAGGCCCAUGGAGCAGGACGUGUGCUACCUGCGGAGGAUGGACGCCUGGGACCUCCAGACCCCCCCCAGCCCCUCUGAGCAGAGGGCUGAUCAGCUGUUACACCAGAACAACCAGACCCAGUACUACCGGGAGUUCCUGGGCAUCCUGUCGGGGGAAGAGGUGGACCCCAGAGGCCUGGGGGAGGCUGUGCAGACCCUGUGUGAGCAGACAGCCAUCUUCUGGGUCAGGAGAGGGGAGGGUCCGGGGAGGCAGCGGCUCAUCUACCUUUGCAUCGACAUCUGUUUUCCAAGCAACAUUUGUGUCUCUGUCUGCUUCUAUUACCUCCCCGAGUAA